AUGCCCAAGGGGGCAGAGGCCACGGAGAACAUCAUGACUUCUUCCAUCUCCAUUCUGAGAGUGGGUGAGCAGGGCAGCGUGGCACCAGAGGUUUCAUCAGAAGAAAGGCUGCACGAAGGAGUAAUCCGAGACCUUGAGAGACAAAGCCGUAAACUGGAAAACAUUCGUCUUUUACAAGAACAGAUUACUCUGACCAAGCAACUCGAAGCAGAAAGAGACAAGAUGUUAAUGGAAAAGGGGUCCCACCAAUCCUAGACCUAGAACUGAAGUAUCAGA